UUUGCUGGCCGCGGCGGAAGCGGCGCUUCCUCUCCGGGUCUUGACGCGGCGGAGUGAGUGUGGUGGAGGGAGGCAGAGUUGAAGAACGGAGAGGAUCGGGAGGACAGCCGGCGCGACCCACAGGGAUGUACAGUAAACACAGGCAGAAAAAUGCCCGACUAUCACCGGCUACAUGUGGACGUUUGCUGGUCUUUCUCUGUCUUCUGCUGCUGAGCGGCACUCCGGACAGCGCGAGCGGAGAACCCGCAGAAGCAGGGUUACCCAAAGGAAGAACAGUGACUGCACAGUGGAUCCCCGAAGACCAAGCCGAGAGAUCGGUGAAGACCAUAACGCAGGCGGAUUAUCCAGCCUCAGGAGAAAUUCUGCUCUCAUCCAGCGACUUCCAAAUGGUGCUGCAAGUGCAACACAAUCAUGAACUUCUGGCUCCAGACUUUACAGAGACGUUCUACUCAGAAGAUGGGAAACCGGUGACUUUAGAAAAUCAGAAUUACACUAAUCACUGUUUCUACCACGGCCAAGUGAGGGGACAUCCUGACUCUUGGGUCGGGAUCAGCACAUGUUCAGGAUUCAGGGGGCUGAUAUCCUUGAAUUCUAGUGACACAUACUACCUGGAGCCAGCUGGUGAUGAGGAGAUUGUCCAGCAUUCACUGCGGAGUACAAAACACCUGGCAGUAACAGGUGGAAACUGUGCCCACCACCAUCACGUCUCAGCCUUCAACCACAGCUUAGACUUGUUCAGAUCGCACAGGUCAAGGGUCAAGAGAAAUACCUGGGGUACAACAAAGUACACAGAGCUGUACAUUGUGGCAGACAAUACACUGUUUAAACGGCAGAAUAGGGACUAUGAAAAGACCAAGACCAGGAUAAUGGAAAUAGCUAAUUAUGUGGAUAAGUUCUACCGGGCUUUAAAUAUCCGGGUGCCUCUAAUUGGCCUGGAGGUUUGGACCGACAGAGAUCAGUGUAUCAUCAGCGAAGAGCCGAACGCCACACUUUGGUCUUUCCUGCAGUGGAGACAGAAGCUGAAGUCUCGUAAAAAACACGACAACGCUCAGCUGCUCACGGGUGUGAUUUUCAAGGGAACCACUAUUGGAAUGGCUCCGCUGGAGGGGAUGUGCAGUCUGGAAAACUCUGGAGGCAUCACCGUGGACCACUCUGAGCUGACCAUUGGAGCAGCCGCCACCAUGGCGCAUGAGAUGGGACACAAUUUCGGCAUGAGCCACGACCACGAUGGCUGCUGUGUGGAGGCCACUGCUGAUCAGGGGGGGUGUGUGAUGGCUGCUGCCACCGGGCAUCCAUUCCCACGGGUCUUCAGCCGCUGCAGCAAGCGGGAUCUGGACAGCUACUUCCAGAAGGGGGGGGGCAUGUGUCUGUACAACAUGCCCAACAUGAAGGACCUGGUGGGGGGCAAGAAGUGUGGCAACGGCUUUGUGGAGGAUGGAGAAGAGUGUGACUGUGGGGAACCUGAGGAAUGCACCAACAACUGCUGCAAUGCCAACAACUGCACCCUGAGGGAGGGGGCCCAGUGUGCCCACGGAGUGUGCUGCCACAACUGCAAAUUGAAGGAGGCGGGCACUAUGUGCCGGGGCCCAGCCGGGACAUGUGACCUGCCAGAGUACUGCACUGGAGCCUCCCCGUACUGUCCUGCCAACGUCUACCUGCUGGACGGCUCUGCCUGCCAGUACGGACAUGCGUACUGCUACAACGGCAUGUGCCUGACUCACGAACAGCAGUGUCUGCAGCUCUGGGGCUAUGGAGCUCGACCGGCACAUGACGCCUGCUUUGAGGACGUCAAUGCAGCGGGUAACGCGUUUGGGAACUGUGGGAAAGAUGAGCACGGCAACUAUGUCAAGUGUGAGAAGAGUGAUGCUAAGUGCGGUAAAAUCCAGUGCCACAGUGCUGCCAAGAAGCCCAAAGGCACCAAUGCUGUUUCCAUCGACACUACCAUCAAGACUGGAGGCAGAGAGGUGAAGUGUCGCGGCACUUAUGUUUACAGCACUCAGGACGGCCAGGGUGACCUGCCUGACCCCGGCCUCGUCGUGACCGGGACCAAAUGUGGCGAGGGCAAGGUGUGCAGGGACCGCAGAUGCCAAAAUGCCUCUUUUACUGAGCUGCAGGCGUGUAUCGCACGUUGUCAUGGCAAUGGGGUGUGUAACAGCAACGGAAACUGUCACUGUAACAGAGGCUGGGCUCCGCCCUUCUGUGAGAAGGCUGGACUGGGCGGCAGCGUGGACAGUGGACCUGUGCAGUAUGACAGUCAAGUGGGUCUGGUGGCCGGGCUGCUGUUUGCCUUCCUGGUUGUCCUGCCUGCCGUCCUUCUGGUCUUCUACUGCUACAGAAUCAAAACGUCUUAUUUCCACAAGUGGCUUAUACAGAGAGAGAAGAACAAGAACAACAAGACACACGCCUCUACAGACAAAGGGAAAAAUGGCCAUUUGAACCCUGCGUUCCACCUGAAGGUAGUCGGACCAAUGAACAAACCUGGUGACCAUAAAGGGCUGCCAAACUCCAGCAAAGAGGUCCUGCCCCUGAGGCCGGGCCCUGCCUCCAACGGCACCCAGCCGGUCAACAUCGUCCGGCCCCUGAGACCUGCCUCGUCUCCACAGGGGGGCCCCCGAGACCUCAAGGUCGUGCGGCCGCCUCUCCCGACUGGCCGGCUUCCAGUUGCCCCAACCAAGUCCCCCCCUACCCCACAGAGAUUAACCCCCCCCAAGAAACCCCUGCCCCUUAACCCAGCCCGAUCUCCACUGCUGGUGUCAGAGCCCAAGUCCAGACCCUCCCCCUUCCCCCCCCAGAAGCCUCUUCCCGUCAGUCCAGCCAGAGUAGCCUCCACCACGGUGAGCCCGACCCGGGCCGCUGGGUCCAAACCCCUGCUGGUCAUGAUGCCCCCAGCAGCUGGACCCAAGCCGGUCGGCAAAGUGUCAGCCAUCCCUCCACUCAGAGUUCUCAGACCAAUCCCAGGUACCAAACCAAACACAGCCUCACCUGCACCUGGAAAAUGACUUCCUCGGCGUCCUCUGAGGCGUGGGAGUUUGACAGUCUGUUUGCACCAAAGAGACUUUUGCUGGUGAAAGGCAGAGCUGUCACACAAAGCAGACACAUGGAGGAACUAACAGGGCUAACACCAGCUCAGACUUCACCUCUCCCUCCUUCUCUUAUGUCCGCUCCCAUGACGACGCAGUGUUGCACAGACUGAGGCGUGCUCUCACUGGGGUACUGUUACUUUUGCCAAAAUAUUUUUUUAAGAUUUUUUGGUUUGUGCGCUUUGUUUUUUACUUUUCUGUUAAUGCAGUCCAUGUAUGAAACAUGCCUUUUUGAAUAGUUUCUUUACAGUUUGUGUCUGGUUGUGUUGAUGACUUGUGUUAUGUGCCAAAGAGCUAUCUUCAUUCCUGGGGUGUGCCAGAGCCGCUUCUUACACAAUGCCGUCCACAAGUCCCUCUCUCUGUUUUUAGGUUUUUCUAAUUUAUUGAUUUACAUCGUGGAUUUGGAAGGUUGUAAGUGUAAGGUGCACACAGCUGAGAGCCAAUCACACAGCAGCUGGUAAACAUGUUUACAUGGAGGGCUUGAUGGAGGCUUGAUGCUGCAGGACACACCCCACUCUUCUUCAGUAUGACCUUAAUCCCACCCCCUUCUUUUGCUGUGUUGUAACUUUAAUUUGAAUUUAAUAAAAUAUUUUUACAGAA